GGCGCCGACGGGCCACCAGGCCGCGGCUCUGCCUCCGGCUUCAGAGGUGCGAGCAAGGGGCCGCCCACCUCUCGCGGCCGCGGCGCCGCGGCGUUCGGAUGGAGCUGGCGAGAGAGCCGGCGCCCGGGCUGUGCCUGCGCCGCGCCGUCCAGCGCGAUGAUGGGGCCGACGCUGGCCGGGUGAUAGGGGUUAUCAGGCGCGUGGUGUCGGACAACCCCGGCGGGGCGGCGCUCGGGAUGGAAUGCUUCGGGACGACCGACCCGUAUCUCGCGUGGUGGUUGGAGUUCCACCGUGGUCGUGACCAGGCGGUCUAUUUACACGUGUGCAAGGGACUGGGGAGCUCCUGCCUUUAUCGAGGGCCAGGAGCGGGGAUCUCCGUCCUGCGCGCGAGGGCCCCUCAGCGACUUUCUCCAGCGGGGGCGGCUGACAUCCGCGUGGCGAUGCUGCAGGAGUACGAGGGCUGCCCUGGGCUGCCGCAGGACGUUGCUGCGGCCGAGCUGGCCGCGGCGGUGGUCGAGCCUGUGCCUGUUGACAGCGCCCGCGGCGAGGGCGCCGACUUUCCCCCUCGGAAGCGCCCUGCGGCCGCUGACGGGCCGAGCGACCUCGUCGAGCUCGACGGCGAGAAGCUGGCAAACGACGGGGCCUUCGAGGAGCUGGAGCGCGAGCUGCGAGCCUUGGAGGGCAGGGCAGAAGCCGCCGCCCCGGAGGCGAUGGGCGGCUACCGCGAGCGCCUGGCCGAGCUGAGGACCAAGCUCGACGAGGCCCGGCGACGCUGCAAGGGAGCUGGCAAGAAGCGCUCGAAGCACGGUGAGUUGAUUCGGAGCAGGAUCGCGGGCCAGAUGCUGCCAACCGCGGGCGCUUCCAGUUACUCGACUGGUGGGCAGGCUGGCUCGGGUGAGAAGGCGGUGCUGCGCGCGCUGGCGAACUACCUUCGCAAGAAGGGGCCUGGCGACCCGUUCGACAGCGACGAGGAGCAGAUUGCUGGAGAGGAGAUUGGCGAGGACAGGUACAGGGUGCCGCGGACGCUGUGCGAGUACCUGAUCGUCAAGGGCAAGUCUGUGCACGCGCUGGACUACAUCUUCUGCAGGAUCAAAGCGCUGCAGAAGGCGAUCAGGGACGGCCGCGCGCGAACGGCGAAGCGGUUCGAGCUGAUCCCGCCCGACAGCGGAGACUUCAGCUUGUUGGUUGAGGACGAGGAGCAGGGUGCCGGCAUCGAGGCGGCGGAGGUCAGGAUGGCCCAGCUGCUGGGGAAGCUGGGCGGCCGCGGCUAG